GAAUCAUACUUACUGAGUUGAGCAAACAAGGAACCAUACUUACUGGGUUGAGCAAACUAGGAAUCAUACUUACUGGGUUGAGCAAACAAGGAAUCAUACUUACUGGGUUGACCAAACUAGGAAUCAUACUAACUGGGUUGAGCAAACUAGGAAUCAUACUUACUGGGUUGACCAAACUAGGAAUCAUACUUACUGGGUUGAGUAAACUAGGAAUCAUACUUACUGGGUUGACCAAACCAGGAAUCAUACUUACUGGGUUGAGUAAACUAGGAAUCAUACUUACUGGGUUGACCAAACCAGGAAUCAUACUUACUGGGUUGAGUAAACUAGGAAUCAUACUUACUGGGUUGAGCAAACCAGGAAUCAUACUUACUGGGUUGACCAAACUAGGAAUCAUACUUAAUGGGUUGAGCAAACUAGGAAUCAUACUUACUGGGUUGAGCAAACUAGGAAUCAUACUUACUGGGUUGAGUAAACUAGGAAUCAUACUUACUGGGUUGACCAAACCAGGAAUCAUACUUACUGGGUUGAGUAAACUAGGAAUCAUACUUACUGGGUUGAGCAAACCAGGAAUCAUACUUACUGGGUUGACCAAACUAGGAAUCAUACUUACUGGGUUGAGCAAACUAGGAAUCAUACUUACUGGGUUGAGCAAACUAGGAAUCAUACUUACUGGGUUGACCAAACCAGGAAUCAUACUUACUGGGUUGACCAAACCAGGAAUCAUACUUACUGGGUUGAGCAAACCAGGAAUCAUACUUACUGGGUUGAGCAAACUAGGAAUCAUACUUACUGGGAUGAGCAAACCAGGAAUCAUACUUACUGGGUUGACCAAACUAGGAAUCAUACUUACUGAGUUGAGCAAACUAGGAAUCAUACUUACUGGGUUGAGUAAACUAGGAAUCAUACUUACUGAGUUGAGCAAACUAGGAAUCAUACUUACUGGGUUGACCAAACUAGGAAUCAUACUUACUGAGUUGAGCAAACUAGGAAUCAUACUUACUGGGUUGAGCAAACUAGGAAUCAUACUUACUGAGUUGAGCAAACAAGGAACCAUACUUACUGGGUUGAGCAAACUAGGAAUCAUACUUACUAAGUUGAGCAAACAAGGAACCAUACUUACUGGGUUGAGCAAACUAGGAAUCAUACUUACUGGGUUGAACAAACAAAGAACCAUACUUACUGGGUUGAGCAAACUAGGAAUCAUACUUACUGGGUUGAGCAAACUAGGAAUCAUACUUACUGGGUUGAGCAAACUAGGAAUCAUACUUACUGGGUUGAGCAAACUAGGAAUCAUACUUACUGGGUUGAGCAAACUAGGAAUCAUACUUACUGAAUUGAGCAAACAAGGAACACUGCCUACUUGGUUGAGCAAACAAGGAACACUGCCUACUUGGUUGAGCAAACAAGGAACACUGCCUACUGGGUUGGCAAACAAGGAACACUGCCUACUGGGUUGA